GGCAGCCGCGGCCGCGGGAGCGCGGGGAGCGCGGGGCGGCCCGGAGCGCGCCGGGGUCCCCGCGCCCCGCUCGCGCGGCGGCGGCGGCGGCGGCUCGGAAGAUGGUGGCGGCGCCGUGCGCCCGGAGGCUGGCGCGGCGCUCGCACUCGGCGCUGCUCGCGGCGCUCACCGUGCUGCUGCUGCAGACGCUGGUCGUGUGGAAUUUCAGCAGCCUGGACUCCGGGGCCGGGGAGCGCCGCGGGGGCGCAGCGGCCGGCGCCGCCGAGCAGCCCCCGGCCCCGGCCCCGCGCCGGGAGCGCCGGGACCUGCCCGCCGAGCCUGCAGCCCGCGGGGCCGGCGGCGGCCGAGGAGGAGGCGGCGGAGGACGGGGGCCCCCGGCGCGGGCGCGGGGAGGCCGCCCCGGAGAAGCCCGCGCGCAGCAGCCGGCCAGCCGCGGGGCACUGCCCGCCCGGGCGCUGGAUCCACACCCGAGUCCCCUGAUCACCCUGGAGACCCAGGAUGGUUACUUCUUUCACCGGCCCAAAGAGAAAGUGCGAACAGACAGCAACAAUGAGAACUCAGUCCCUAAGGAUUUUGAGAAUGUGGACAAUAGUAACUUUGCACCUAGGACUCAGAAGCAGAAGCACCAGCCUGAGUCAGCAAAGAGACCUCCAAGUCGGCAGAAGGAGCGUUUGCAGAGGAAGCAGGAGCUACAGGACAAAGGACAGGGGCAUUCAGUACUGGGGAAAGGCCCCAGUGAGGUGCUGCCUCCCAGUGAGAGAGCCAUAGCCAACAGCAGCCGAGGGAAAGAUGUCCCCAGACAGUCCCACACCAGGAAAAGUGGUGGCAGCUCCCCUGAGACCAAGUACGACCAGCCACCCAAGUGUGACAUCUCGGGCAAAGAGGCCAUCUCCGCCCUGUCCCGCACUAAGUCCAAGCACUGCCGCCAGGAGAUCGGGGAGACCUACUGUCGCCACAAGCUGGGGCUGCUGAUGCCCGAGAAGGUCACUCGCUUCUGUCCCCUGGAGGGCAAAGCCAACAAGAAUGUCCAGUGGGAUGAGGACUCAGUGGAGUACAUGCCAGCAAACCCGGUCAGAAUCGCCUUCGUGCUGGUGAUCCAUGGCCGCGCCUCCCGGCAGCUGCAGCGUAUGUUCAAGGCCAUUUACCACAAAGACCACUUCUACUACGUCCACGUGGACAAGCGCUCUAAUUACCUGCACCGGCAAGUGCUCCAGUUCGCCAGACAGUACAGCAACGUCCGCGUCACCCCCUGGAGGAUGGCCACCAUCUGGGGGGGAGCCAGUCUUCUGUCCACCUACCUGCAGAGCAUGCGGGACCUCCUGGAGAUGACCGACUGGCCCUGGGACUUCUUCAUCAACCUCAGUGCGGCUGACUAUCCUAUCAGGACAAAUGACCAGCUGGUGGCGUUUCUCUCCCGAUACCGAGAUAUGAAUUUCUUGAAGUCACAUGGCCGGGACAAUGCAAGGUUCAUCCGGAAGCAAGGUCUGGACCGGCUCUUCCUCGAGUGUGAUGCCCACAUGUGGCGUCUGGGCGACCGGCGUAUCCCAGAGGGCAUUGCGGUGGACGGUGGCUCAGAUUGGUUCCUGCUGAACAGGAAGUUUGUGGAGUAUGUGACAUUCUCCACAGACGAUCUGGUGACCAAGAUGAAGCAGUUCUAUGCUUACACGCUGCUUCCUGCCGAGUCCUUCUUCCAUACGGUCCUGGAGAACAGCCCCCACUGUGACACCAUGGUGGACAACAACCUGCGUGUCACCAACUGGAACCGCAAGCUGGGUUGCAGGUGCCAGUACAAGCACAUCGUGGACUGGUGCGGCUGCUCCCCCAACGACUUCAAGCCACAGGACUUCCACCGCUUCCAGCAGACAGCCCGGCCAACCUUCUUUGCCCGAAAGUUCGAAGCUGUGGUCAAUCAGGAGAUCAUCGGGCAGCUGGACUAUUACCUGUAUGGGAACUACCCAGCGGGCACCCCGGGCCUCCGCUCCUACUGGGAGAACGUCUAUGAUGAGCCCGAUGGCGUCAACAGCCUGAGCGACGUGAUGCUCACCCUGUACCACUCCUUUGCUCGGCUGGGCCUGCGACGGGCUGAGUCAUCACUGCACACGGAUGGGGAGAACAGCUGCAGAUACUACCCAAUGGGCCACCCAGCCUCUGUCCACCUCUACUUCCUUGCUGACCGCUUCCAGGGCUUUCUGAUAAAGCACCAUGCUACCAACCUGGCCGUGAGUAAACUAGAGACCCUGGAGACCUGGGUGAUGCCGAAGAAAGUCUUCAAGAUUGCGAGCCCCCCCAGCGACUUUGGCAGGCUUCAGUUUUCUGAGGUUGGCACUGACUGGGAUGCCAAGGAGCGGCUGUUUCGCAACUUUGGGGGUCUCCUGGGACCCAUGGAUGAGCCAGUGGGAAUGCAGAAAUGGGGGAAGGGACCCAAUGUGACUGUGACAGUCAUUUGGGUGGAUCCUGUCAACGUCAUCGCAGCCACCUACGACAUCCUGAUUGAGUCCACUGCUGAAUUCACACACUAUAAGCCCCCUUUGAACUUGCCCUUGAGGCCUGGGGUCUGGACAGUGAAGAUUCUCCACCACUGGGUGCCGGUUGCAGAGACCAAAUUCCUUGUUGCUCCUCUGACCUUCUCCAACAGGCAGCCCAUCAAACCAGAGGAGGCAUUGAAGCUGCACAGUGGGCCGCUCCGCAGUGCCUACAUGGAACAGAGUUUCCAGAGUUUGAACCCCGUCCUUAGCCUGCCCAUCAGUCCUGCCCAGGUGGAGCAGGCUCGGAGGAAUGCGGCCACCACAGGCACAGUGCUGGAGGGAUGGCUGGACUCACUGGUGGGUGGGAUGUGGACAGCCAUGGACAUCUGUGCCACAGGCCCCACCUCCUGCCCGGUCAUGCAGACCUGCAGCCAGACAGCCUGGAGCUCCUUCAGCCCCGACCCCAAGUCGGAGCUGGGGGCGGUCAAACCUGAUGGCCGGCUCAGGUAGCACUGGCCUUGUGUGUGCCACCGUGCAAUCUCAAUGGAAAAGCAGCCAGAAGGGCAGGUGGGGCCUGAACCCGGGCCUCGCAACCUGGGGGGAGCCUCUUGUACAAGGGGCUCUCCUGGCCAUACAGUGAUGGGGAUGGUUUGGAGGUCAGAGCCGGUUGGCCUGCAUUUGGCAUCUGGCCUCUGAGGGUGGGGAUGACUCAGUCCUGGUGUCAUGUUGGUUUCUCCUCUUCUGGUUGGUCCUCAGUUCCUGCAGGUUUCUGUCUUCCCCCUCCAAUGACCUGCACUUGUCCCCCCACCACAAGUGAGUUUCACUUUUAUUUUGAGCAGAAAACUUAGUUUACUCAGCACAGUGGCAGGUUCAAGGUACAGAUGAAAUCCAGGUUGCUCUGCUUGAAACUGAGGAGCGGGAACUUCCCACUCAAGGCCCAGCCCAGCGGGCAGUCCCUUUGUCAAGGACGUCUUCUAAGUACCUCUUCUGAACCCAUCUCUUCUGAACCCAAGGGCUCCACGCAACCCAGUUUGACAAGCACAGCCCAGAUCAAGGGUUUGAGUUCCAGCCCCGCCCUUCCAUUUACCUUUGUGCUCUGCUCCUUUGGCUGGGAAACCCUUGCCCACCCUGAAAUAGCAGACUGGCCAAAGGCCACAAUCUCGGGCCUUUCCCAGGGAGGAAGCAGGCUUGGGGAGGCUCUAGGCCUUGAGUUGAGCUGUUCUCCCUCGUAACUAGAGAAGCAGGAAAGCCUUUCGAUGUGACAUGGCCUAGAUCAAUCAAGAAGUAUGAUAACCAACUGUCCAUUGAUCCAGGCCAUGCUCCACCAAGGCGGCUCACAUGGUAGCAGAAAUGCAGUGAUUCUGUGAGCAUGAGCCUUGAGUCUCCCAGCUCUCCAUAGGCUUGGAGGUCAAGAUCAUGACCUCUUUGGUACUUAAAAAUGGAAACACCAGGGACCAUGGCCCUGAAACUCCCAAAAGAUCGCUUGGAGAAACUCCUGAGUUGAACAGCACAGCAAUACCCAUCACCUACCAGAGCCCUUCUACCCCGAGAUCAGGCACCCAAAACCUUUGUGAAUUGCACAUUUGGUGCUGUAGGCAGUGACCAAAUCACAUGGACCAGACUUCUCCCAUCCAGGAAAAAGCAUUUUAGAUUUGGUUUUUAAUUCCAUGCCCUUCCUUAUCCGAGGUGACAUAGCACAUAAAUUAGGAAGAUUGAAUUUCAACAGUGGGAGGGGUGUUUAAAAAAAAAAAAAGAUAGUAUGAUUCAAAUCGUUUGAGUUACCAGAAACCUAAAGGGUUUCUUUGCCAUGAGGGCUCUGCAGGACCAUCCCCCGCUAAUCUGGGGAGGCCUCCCCAGAGGCUCCACUUCUUCUUUGAAUCCCACCCUCCCUGAAUGACAGCAUUUCCUGACAAAAGCCACACAUGUCCUUCCUAUGGAGAGCUGGUCUUUUCAGCACUCCUGAUGUGAGUCCCCCCGAUGACCUGUCCACUGCGCUGUCCCUGUUCCUCCCAGCAAGGCAAGAUGUCCCGUUAGCAAUGGAGGAGGACAUAGAGAAGGGACACUAGAUAUUUAUUAUUUAUAUGUUUUAGUCAAUGACUAAUUAGUAGGUGCUGUUUUUGCAGCUUGUCAAUUAUGUUACUAACUGAAGCUGCCUUUAUUCACAAAAGGCUCUGUUCCCUUCCUCUGCCACUCCUGCCCCCAGUUGGUCUGUCCGUCCGCCUGUCUGUCCAUCCGUCCAUCCCUCUCUCUCUCUCCCUCUCUCUCUGUCUGCCCUACAUUCUCCUUGUCCUCAGAGUUAAAAGGGGGUGUGGAACACCAUGGGAAGUUUGAACUAACAUCUUCGACUGACUGGGUGCCUUUGGGACCACUGGAGCCUGUUUCCCCAUCAUUCAGGGUGUUAGUUUCAUCUGUCCCUCCACAUCCAAGAGUGUUGGCAUUUCUGAGCCGACCCCACCCCAGGCACCGCGAUGUGACAGGCUGAAGACGUGGGGAGAUGGGAUUGAGCUGACUGAGAGAGCUUGGACCAUCCCUGCUGGCUCCAUGGUGGACGCUCCAUGGCCAUUUUCACCACGGGCCUUGAUGUGCCAGUGACUGAGGGAAGCCUGCCCCUUCCAAGAGAGUUCCAUCCUAGGAAGAGGGCAAUCAGAAGACCCAGCUGGAGAGCUCAGCUAUUGUCCCUGGUGGUUUUGGGACCUCAGAGUGGCUUUCUCAGGAAGCCCAUAGGCUCUCCAAAUAGUUUUAGAAGGCCCAUGGGAGCCACAAGUCUGGCACCACAUCCUCUUCCUGCCCUAGCCCCUGUCUCUGACUAGGGUUUCCCUGGGGCUGCAAAAGCCCUGGGCAGGCUCCCUUUCUCCCUCCUUGCUGGGCCAUUACAGCUCUGCGUUUUCUGCAGUGUUAUAAUCAAUGGCAUGUCCUUAUGUACAGUGGGAAUUGCAGGCACCAAGACAAGACCCUUCCUGACCCAAUCAGACAUUUCUGAUUUUUUUCCCAUUCUGGAAUGAGUGAAGAAAUGGCAGAGCUAACUUACUCUGGAGACUGCCUUCCUCCCCCCAGGGCUCCCCCUCUCACACACCCCGCUUUUUAAUUUGGGGUGUUUUUCUUUGACUCCUCUGUUUUUAGACCAGAGAAUAAUUUUGCAGAUGUUACGUUUGGUAAACAAGGAUAAUUCCAAGCACAGCCAAGUAUUAUUUGAGAAAAGAAGGUGUUUUUCCAGAGAAAAUGGGGUAACUCCUUGUUUUUUGUUGUUUUUACCUGCCUAAGAAUGGUUGUGUGUGUGUGUGUGUGUGUUUUGAAAGCCACUGGUCAGGCAGCCUUGAGCUGUGGCUGCCUGAGGAUUUUAAAAGUGUGGUGGUGUGGUCUCUGGGAGCCUUAUUAGAGUCUACAGAGGGUGUUAGCCUAAGCUGUGGGCUCAGCCACUGGCCAAGUCCCUGGAGACUGGGGAGAUGAGGAUCUCAGCUUGCGGGGUGAAGGGAGCAUUCAGACUACAGUUGUCUCUGCCAGUGCCCACCUAUCCGGGAACAUUCUGGUAGAAAUGAAGUUUAGAAGGCAGCCAGCUUUCCCAAACCCCACUUCCCAGGUCAUGCACAAAGCAAUGUGUCUCCAGGGAGGAAGUGAGCAGUUCCCAAAUCCCCUUGUUGUAAGAAGUACACCCCGUCUUCCCUUUGGAAAACGGUCUUUCCAGCGGGAUCAGGGGUCUUUCUGAUUUUAUUUCUCAUUGUUGGUUUAACUUGUAAAAUUCAAAUGGCAUUUACAGAGGGUGAGUAAGGCCACAUAACCCCUACUCCAGAGGGCUGGGUUAUUGCUACUCUAGGCACAUGCAAGGUAUACAGGGACCAUGUCCCCUUCUGGUUCUCUAGUUUUCAGGUAGCUACAAGGAGGACGGUGGCUGGAACCUUGAGUCAUCUGCUGAGAAGGGAGAGUAGACAAGAGAUGUUGUCUCCAGGUGUGAGCGAUGAGCAAGGAUGCCUUUCACAUCCAAGUUCACUGAGAAGUCAGAACACCAGUAGCAUUUCAGGAGUGUGUGUGUAUUGGGUGUGUGUGGGGGGGGGUUAUUCUGAAAACUUCUGUCAGCAUGCUCACCUUGUGUUUGUAAAGAAAGCUUUGCAGCUAAAGGUUCACUCUAUGAUAGGAGUCACGAAUGAGACCCAGAAGGUGAACGUAAGUGAAUGAGACAGUGGUGUAAGAGGAAGUGGUAGGGACUGUGGUGCUCCAGGCAUACAUGUGCCCCAUCCAGAAAGCAGUCAUGGCUCAGCUUCAUGGAAGAGUAGAAUCUUCCAGUUUGGAAAAGGAAGCCAGAUUUUUUACAGGAAAUCUGAUUUUUCAAUGUCAGCUAUCACAGUGAGGGAAAAAAAGUCCAUAAUUCACUUACGUUCUACCAGCAAAUUCUGCUCUCAGAGGUGGUUUAAAAUUAGGCUAGGCCUUGUCCUAGUAGACGAGGGAAGGAGCCAGCAUUUGGGAAGAGCAAAAAGAAUGGUUCACAUUGAUUCCUGAAGGGAAGGGGCCCUCUGGCGAGUCAUCAUUCCCUUCCCAAAAACCAUUCCUCAGAGGAGGCUGGCUUGUUGGCUGUCCUGGUCCCAAAAUGUUUGUGCUGAAGGGAAAAAGGAAUGCCCUUUGGAGGUCUGGGAUGCAGACCUCUUAGACAUUCAGAGGUCCUAAUCCACAUGAGUCCCUACCUUCCAAGUUCCAUCAAACCAGGCAGAAAUGGCAAGGAAAGUCCAGAAGGGAUUAGUGAGUAAAACUGCCAGUUUCUGUCCAGUCCCACAUCUUGGCAGAUAUAUGGCCACCUCUGAAAGCUUCCUUAGAAAACAUACAGAGCUGUGCUUGCUCACAGGAAACCCUCUUUACUUCUGCCUCAGUUUCCUCGCUUUGCUCAUGGGUCAACCACAGGCGCUACCUCAUUGUGUCUGCUGAGAAGUUAAGUUUACCUGGGGGAAGGGAAUGAAGGUGUCCAAAUGUACUGGAGCUGAAUGUCUGAUCUAUGCAAAUCUCUCUCUUGCUCACUCUCUCGCUCUCUCUCUCUCUAACUUAAAAGUAUUAUUUUUUCCCUUGCAAACAAGAUACUGUACAGGACCCUCUUAAGACUGAGGAGGACUUUCACAUGCCACCUGUGUCUACCCUUCACGUUGUCUUUGGUUCUGUACUUGUCAAGCCCCGAGCAGGGAGAGAGUGGCCUCUCUUGUCUCCCCACUUGGCUGGGAAUACUCCAACUGCCUCUGCCUACAGACACCACCAGGAAGCAGGUUUAUACCUGGCUACCACCAUUCCUCACACCACCUUCUCUUCCUGCAUUUUCCUGUGACUUGCUUCUCCUGUCUCCCACUUCCCCUCUCCUCCCAAAAAGCCUUAGGGUUCUCCUUUUUGAAAUGUGGCCUUAAAAUUAUUAUUAUUUUUUGGGGGUGGGGGGGAAGGCUGACGUCCUCUGCCUCUAAUUUCCAGCACCAUCACAGAAGAAUGAGCAUCUUAAAGCUUUCCUGGCAACCUCCUGUCAAGGGGCUGCUGAUCUGUAGUUCGCUGAUGUGAUAGAAAUUGCUUACAACUGUUGUCUUUAAGAAAAAUGUCCUUCUGUUUUUCCCAUGGGCAAAAUGAAGGUUUGAGUGCUCACGUAAGCCUUAGCCAGCUCCUGAAGCUCUCUCUCAAAGCAUACUGCUGCUGUAGUGGGCUGGGCUAAUUACCAGAAUGAUGCUCAAGAUGGCUUUCCAACCUCUUCCCCCCAAGACCGGGUGACUUUAUGACUUCAUUCAAGGGUAAAUCAGGAGCGUUUCUCAAAUUAGCUCUUCGUCCUUCCUGCCUGGAAAGUGAUAGCAUUAAAUAUUCCUGGUGGGUAGGUCAAGUUCUUAAAGGGAUCGUCCUUUCCCUACCUUCAGACCCCAUCCUGAAUUCUCCCAUCACUCCAGUGCUGGUGGAGCCAAAGACAACCCCAGGGUUUUCACGGGAAAUUCACUGGAAUUGAACGCGAUUUCUUUGUAGUCUUUCUGUCUCUCUCUUUUUUAAAAAAAAUACUCUUAUGUUGUCAAUAGCAUUUGUUUGAGUGUUUGUUUUAGAGGCCUCACAAUAAGUUAUUUCUGUCUCCCUCAUUGUUAUCAAAGACAUGUGGUGAUAUAGUUUUUAAAAAUAACUAUUUUGUUAUAGAUCACAAUAUGCAUAAAACUGUACAGAAAUAUUUUGUAAUGUAUUGAUUUUAAAAAAAGAAUCUGUAAAUAAAGUUUUAAAAACAGAGAGAAUUCACAUGGCACACACGGAAAGAUGUAGAUAUUUUGCUAUUUAUUUAAAGGAGUAUUUUAAGAGAUAUUGAACAAUCUGAAAUUGACCAAUAAUCAAAGUUCUAAUCAUCCAAAUGCUUUUCUUUGUGGUAGAAAGUGAUUCUCAGAAAUGACUGCAUCACCUGCCCAUUUUUUGCACCUUUUCUGUCUUAUCAUUUAGCAGAGAAACAACCACAACAAAAUUGUGCCUUAGCUGUAUUUUUUUGUCUAGGGGAGUUCGUUUCUGUCUGACAAAGCGAAAUUUUUUGCAGAAAACAGUGGAUGUAUUAAAUACUGUAUCAUACCAAAAACACUGCAGGUGUACAUAGAUGCUUUCUGUCAUACUGUGUUUUCAGAUGCAGAAUUUUAAAAUAAAAAAAAUGCUGUCUUUAUGGAA